AUGGUAAGUCUAACCAAGAUUGCUGAUGAACUCAUUCUCGAUGGUGAAUUAGGAGCAAGGCUGAAUGAGAUGGUUCCAGUACCUUGUGUUCCCAAAACUAAUGGAGAAAUUCCCUCCAUUGAUGAUGCCAUGUCAGAUCAUGAAAGGUUGCUCGCCAUAUUAGAGUUAUAUGAUCUGGUCGAGGCUGCUGCAGACGCGUAUGGAGUCAAGAUCUUUGUGAUUACAUCAUUCAAGGAUACGUGCUAUAUCGAGAUUCUUCCACAAACACUGAUGCCAGACAUAAUGAUAUUCUUGAGCUUCUGGGCCGAAGUGCACUACAAUUCAAUGUGA